AUGAGCUUUUUGGCAAUUGUGACCAGAGCUCGUGUGAGAUGUCCAGGGCGAUGUCCAGGGCGAUGGCCUCAUACCAUAAGACCAAGGAGGCUUGGUCUCAGGGCCAUAUCCACUCCACCAACUUCUUCUGAGACUGCAAUAGACGAUGUUCGAAACAUCGGGAUCAUUGCCCAUGUCGAUGCGGGCAAAACAACAACCACAGAGGCUAUGCUUUACAACAGCGGUGCCACUCGACAUCUCGGAAAUGUGGACCACGGGGAUACUGUCACCGACUUUCUCCCUAUGGAGAGGCAAAGAGGCAUUACAAUUCAAUCAGCAGCCAUUACGUUUAAGUGGCCUAAAAAGGAGCGUUUGAGGGCGGGUGGCAAGGAGCACAUCGUCAAUCUCAUUGACACGCCAGGCCAUCAAGAUUUCAGAUUCGAAGUAGAGCGCUGCUUGCCAGUCCUGGAUGGUGCUGUAUGCGUCAUUGAUGGCGUUGAAGGAGUCGAGGCACACACGGAGAGGGUUUGGUCUUCUGCUCAGGAGUUCAAGGUGCCUCGGAUAGUCCUGGUGAAUAAACUCGACCGUGAGGGUGCUUCGUUCAAGAAGUCUGUGCAAGAUAUUGGUCUGAAGCUCAACGGCAUGCCUUUAGUAUGCCAGAUUCCCUGGUGGGAGAACGAUACCGUCAAGGGUAUCGUGGAUGUCAUAUCCCGCUCUGUGGUGAGUUGGGCAGGUGCUGGCAAAGACAAUCUUGAAGAGCUAGCCAAGAAGACACCUCCCUUUCUAGAAGAGAUUGAACGCGCGCGUGAGAAGCUUAUCGAGAAGCUCUGCGAAUAUGACGACGUACUUCUAGAGCUCUGGACCGAGCGCGGUGGAGAUAUCCCAAGCGAGGAUAUCAAACACAGCAUUCGUCGCAGCAUUAACAACGGCGAGGCCUCCCUCGUUCCCGUCUUUGCAGGUUCGAGCCUGAAGAACAUCGGUGUAGCGUCACUACUCGAUGCUGUCAAUGAUUACCUACCGAGUCCACGAGACCGACCAGAGCUGCAAGUCCGCGUUGGUCAAGAGACGCAUCCUUUCUCUCGCGUACUGGAGCUUUCACGCACCCAAAAGGUACCAGUAAAGCAACGGUCGACAAUUGAAGCCCUAGCCUCCGUGUUCAAAGUCGUCAAUGACCCCAAGCGAGGCAUGUUGACAUUCGUGAGGGUGUACCAUGGCAUGCUUAAGAAGAACACCCCAAUGUGGAACGCUAAUCUUCAAGAUUUUGAGAAGCCCCUCAACAUCAUGCAAAUAUCGGCAAAGGAUCAUAUCGAGGUUCCUCAGCUCUUAGCUGGGCAGAUCGGUGCUCUCACUGGCCUGAAAAAGGCCCGCACUGGAGACACUAUGCUGAUAUAUACUGGGAACAAAACCCCCAAUCCACCAUUUCAUAACGUCAAGGUUCGACCGCCAGAGAUCCCUCCCGCUGUGGCAUUCAUCGUUCUGGAACCAUAUACAAGCACUGGUGCGAAAGCGCUAGAGGCCGCGUUGGAGAAUCUUGCUCGGGAGGAUCCAAGUCUCAGGUGGUCGUUGAAUGAGAACUCAGAGCAGUAUACACUGUCUGGGAUGGGCAAGCUUCACCUGGAAGUUGCAAGAGACCGUCUGGAGAAACAUUACAAGCUCGAAGCCCACUGGGGUAGCAUCGAAGUGGAUUAUAAAGAGUGUGUAACACAACCUACAGAGACUCACCGGGUCGUAUUCGACAAAACUAUUGGCGGCAAAGCCGGUGCUGCCGCCUGCAGUGUUUCCGUCCAACCGCUGGAGUUGAACGAAAAUGGGAGUGUGGCAGAUUCUGACUUUGAGAGAGACGGCAAUAUCAUAAGGGUUUUGUUUCCCGACAACUCCUUUGCCGACAAUGAGGAUAUUAGGCUGCACCUGAUGAAUGGGGCAGUAUCAGCACUCGCACGAGGCCCACGACGGACCUCUCCCUUGCACCGAUGUCUCGUCACGGUUACCUUUGAUGCUUCGACUGACUAUUUCGGCCCAACGCCCGCAGGCCAUUACGCUAGUGCCGCCAAUCAAGCCGUCAGGACGGCUUUGAGAGAAGCACACAAAAACGGAUCAAUCGGGAUCCUUGAACCUGUGAUGAGGGUUGUGAUUACUUGCCCUGAGUCUUCUGCGGGGUCAGUCCAGCAUGACCUUCAUUCUUCUCGUGGUGGCCAUGUCCUCGAGGUGAUGGAUAUGCAAGAAACGGCGGCCAGAGAAGGCAGUCAAAUAGACGUAUCUGACAUUUAUGCGCCUCCAGAUCCUUACGAAUUUCAAACAACUCUUCGUGAGACCCGGAAGGGCAGUUUGCGGAUGCUCGAAAUCAUCGCGCAGGUACCUCUAGCUGAGAUGCUCGACUACGAUCAGCAUCUGCGGAGCAUGACCGCAGGAAGACACGCCUUGGUUAUGUCCCUGGACACAUUUGAACAAGUCACGGGGUCCAGAGAGAAGCAUCUUUGA